AUGCGACCAACGCCGGCUCUCUUCUUCCAGCCGAAGUUCCUCCUCGUGCUCACGACACUCCUGGUCCUCUCGGCCAUCAUCAGCACGGCGGCGGUAGCCCGUAGCGGUCAGCCCCUCUCGUCGUUCUUGUCGACCCAACGGCCACAACAACAAAAUCAAGAACAACAACAACAACAACCACCCCACGGCUCUAACCCGGACCCAGCCUCCGUGCCAACAACAACUUCUCUUCUUCUUAACCACGUCCCACCACCAACAACCCCCAAACUCUCCACCCCGAAGAAGACCACCCCCGCCGAGGCAGCAGCCGCGGCAGCAGCACCCGCAGUGGUGGAGGAAGAGAAAGAAUACAAAUACUUCCACGAAGCCGGCGCCAGCUACGAGCUGACGCACUACGACGGGCGCUUCUUCCACGGCGCCCUGCCCUACGCCGAGCACCGGGCCGCGCUGCGGCAGCUGAUCCGGUCGUACCUGUCCGUGUUCGCGUCGCGGGGGCUCGAGACGUGGCUCGCGCACGGCACGCUGCUGGGCUGGUGGUGGAACGGCCGCGUCAUGCCGUGGGACUGGGACGUGGACGCCCAGGUGAGCGGCGAGACGAUGCGGCUGCUGGCGGAGGGGGGACUCGGGGGCCGGUAUAACCAGACGGUGUACGAAUGGGUUGUUGUUGAGGAGGGGGGGGAGGGGGAAAGGGAAAGGGGAAAGGGGAAGAGGAGGAGCAGGUCGUAUUUGCUGGAUGUCAACCCCUUCAGCACCAGAGUCGACAGGGGCAACGGGAUGAAUGUGAUUGAUGCGCGCUGGAUCGACACCGAGACGGGCAUGUUUGUGGAUAUCACCGCGCUGAUGGAGCGGGAUCCCGCGGGGGAGCCCGGGGUGGUGAGCUGUAAGAAUCACCACGUGUAUAAGAGGGAGGAGCUGUAUCCGUUGAGGGAGACCGAGUUUGAGGGGGUCACGGCGCUGGUGCCGUGGGAUUUUGAGGGGAUUCUGGUCGAGGAGUAUGGGGCGAAGAGCCUGGUUGUGACGGAGUGGGAAGGACAUCGAUGGGAUUCGGAGCAACAGGAGUGGGUCAAGAUCAACAGGACGAGAAACUGA